CGACGGGCGGGGCGGAGCCUUAGGCCCGGGCCAAGAUGGCGGCUGCGAAAGCAACCCUUACGGACUCGCUCUCGUUUUGCCUCGCGCAGCUCACAGCGGCGGCAGGGGAGGGUCUUGUGGGGGGAAAGGACCCAGCUACCAACGAGACACCCCUAGGUCGUGCGCUCCUGGCUCUCCGCACGCGCCACAUCAAAGCAGCGGGGGGGAUCGAGCGCUUCCGGGCACGCGGCGGACUCCGCCCCCUUCUCGCCCUGCUACGGCGAGCGGCUGCGGCGGACCCCGCCCCGUCAGACGAAGGCCCUGGCUCCGCCCCCUUGUCUGUUGCGUCAGCUGCUUCUGCUGGUCCCUCCCCCUCCCCCAGCCCCGCCUCUUCUGCUGUGUCGCCGUCUUCGCCUUCGCCUUCGCCGCCAGUGCGCCUGCGCAAGACGCUGGACUUGGCGCUCAGCAUCCUAGCCAACUGCUGUACGGACGGGGCGUGCCGGGCUGAAGUGCGCAGACUCGGAGGCAUUCUCCCUUUAGUGACCAUUCUGCAGUGUGUGAAGACGGACAGCAUCCAGAACCGAACAGCUCGUGCGCUGGGGAACUUAGCUGUAGACCCCGAGAGCUCUGGGGAGAUCCACUCUGCUGGGGCCGUUCCCUUGCUGGUGGAGAGCCUCACAGCCUGCCAGGACUCGCAGUGCCUGCAGAGCGUGGUGCGUGCCCUCCGCAACCUGGCGGACUCACCCCCGCACCGCCUGGCCCUGGCACAGCAGGGAGCCGUGCGCCCCCUGGCGGAGCUCCUGGCCACGGCCUCAGACCCUGCGCUGACCUCAGCCCUAGUCCGCGCCCUCCUGGAACUCAGCCGAGGCUGCUCCCGGGCCUGUGCCGAGCAGCUAAGUCUGGGUGGGGGGCUGGGCCCACUUGUCAGCCUGGCCUCUCACCCGAAGCGGUUGGUUCGUGAAACAUCCAUCCUGAUCCUCGCCAACCUGUGCGCCCAGGGCCUGGUGCGGCCUGCGCUGGGCAAUGCCGGUGGUGUGGAGGUGUUGCUAGAUGAGCUCCGGCGACGCCGCGGCCCCAGUGCGGCUAGUCCAGCUUCCCAGCAGCCCCUGGUGCGGGCCGUGUGCCUCCUGUGCCGCGAGGCCAUCAACCGAGCCCGUCUGCGGGACGCUGGGGGCCUGGAGCUCCUGAUGGGCCUGCUGCGGGACCCUCGUGCCAGUGCCUGGCAUCCGCGAGUCGUGGCGGCGCUCGUGGGCUUCCUUUACGAUACCGGGGCCCUGGGCCGGCUGCAGGCUCUGGGACUGGUGCCUCUCCUGGCUGGGCAGCUGUGCGGUGACGCCGGCGAAGAGGAAGAAGAGGGGAGAGAGGCCGCUUCCUGGGACUUCCCCGAGGAGCGGACCCCUGAGCGGGCAGAAGCUGGAAGCUUCCGAAGCCUCAGGUCCUGGCUGAUCUCCGAGGGCUACGCUGGGGACGUCUCUCCGGACUGGUCUCCUGAGCGCUGUCCCCUGCCAGAGCCCGCAGACCCCGUCAUUACCACCCCUGGGAAGACCUCGCUGCGGAGCCCAGGCGCGCUGCGCACCCUGGGCCGAAGCCCCGCCGCCCCCGCCGCCGCUGAGGAGCCCUGGGGCCGGGAGGGGCCGGCACUGCUGCUGCUCUCGCGCUUCUCCCAGGCCCCCGACCCCAGCGGGGCGCUGGUGACUGGUCCGGCGCUGUGUGGCCUGCUGGCCUACGUGACAGGGGCACCGGGCCCGCCGAGCCCACGUGCACUCCGCAUCCUGGCGCGCCUCACCUGCAACCCCGCCUGCCUUGAGGCCUUUGUGCGCAGCUAUGGUGCGGCGCUGCUGCGUGCCUGGCUGGUGCUCGGGGUCGCUCCGGACGACUGGCCUGCACCCCGGGCCCGGCCCGUGCGCCGGAACCAGCACCGAGAGCUGGGUGAGAUGCUGCUGCAGAACCUGACCGUCCAGGCCGAGUCUCCGUUCGGAGUAGGUGCGCUGACUCACUUGCUGCUCUCCGGAAGCUCUGAGGACCGUGUAGCCUGUGCCCUGACCCUGCCCUUCAUUUGCCGGAAGCCGUCUCUCUGGCGCAGGCUGCUUCUGGACCAGGGCGGCCUGCGCCUCCUCCUCACGGCGCUGACCCGGCCAGCUCCACACCCGCUGUUCCUCUUCUUUGCUGCGGACUCCCUUUCCUGCCUCCAAGGCCUGGUGUCGCCCGCCGCGAGCCCGGCCUUCCCGGCUGCAGCGCCCAUGGAUGCAGACCCCCCGACCCCUUGCCUCUAUGAACCUCUGCUGGCUCCAGCCCCGGCCCUAGCUCCCGACCUGUACUUCCUGCUGGACUCAGGCCUACAGCUCCCUGCUCAGCGAGCAACCUCAGCAGCUGCCUCCCCUUUCUUCCGGGCCCUGCUGUCGGGCAGCUUUGCAGAAGCCCAGAUGGACCUGGUGCCGCUUCGAGGCCUGUCACCCAGCGCGGCCUGGCCUAUCCUGCAUCAUUUGCAUGGCUGCCGGGGCUGUGGGGCCGCGCUGGGGCCCGUACCCCCGCCAGGGCAGCCCCUGCUGGGCUCAGAGGCUGAGGAGGCCCUGGAGGCUGCUGGGCGUUUCUUGCUGCCUGGGCUUGAGGAGGAGCUGGAAGAGGCUGUGGGCCGCAUCCACCUGGGUCCCCAGGGUGCCCCCGAAUCAGUGGGGGAGGUGUUCCGCCUGGGCCGGCCCCGGCUAGCUGCCCACUGUGCACGCUGGACACUGGGGCCAGGGCGGUGCCCAAGGAAGCGGGCCCUGGCCCUUGUGGGGCUGGUGGAGGCAGCAGGUGAGGAGGCCGGACCUCUCACGGAGGCGUUACUGGCCGUGGUGAUGGGGCUGGAGUCAGGGGGCAAGGGCCCCAGCCUGGACGGUUGACUGCGCCAGGAGAGAACCCGAGGACUCGCUGGCUGUGAAGGAGGCGUCCUCUCAGAGUGACACAAGAGGAAGCUGAGCGGAAGGUGUCACCAUCGAGGCCUGAAGAGAGGAUGGAACUGGACCCCAGGGUGAUGGUCUGAAGUGAGAAGUGGGGGCCAAGGCCAAGAUCUGGCUGUGGGGCCUGAGCGAAGGAGAACAGCCCAGGGCCCUAGAUACCUGGGCUGGGCCGCCCUUCGGAGUUGGGAUUAAAAUACUUUGGAAUUGGGUA